GGAUUCCUGGGUGUGUUUUCAGUAUCUUUGUGUUCCUGACUGACCUCCCGCUUAUCUCUCUUCCGCCUACUUGUUCAGAAUGCGCUUGGUACCUCGCGAACUAGACAAGCUUCUACUCCAUCAAGUUGGAUCGUUGGCUCAGAAACGGCUGGCCCGUGGGGUCAAGCUCAAUCAUACUGAGGCAACUGCAUUGAUUGCUUCACAAAUAUUAGAGCUUAUGCGUGAUGGCACGCAUUCUAUUGCCCAACUUAUGGACUUGGGUAAGCAGAUGCUUGGUCGCCGUCACGUUCUACCCGAUGUCAUAGAAACUCUAUUGGAAGUUCAGGUGGAAGGAACUUGUCCCGAUGGCACCUAUCUCUGUACUGUCCACGAGCCUAUUAGUUCAGAUGACGGAAACUUGGAAAUCGCCUUGUACGGUAGCUUCUUCCCCAUUCCUGACAACUCCAAGUUUGAUCUACCAGCUACGGCUGCAAAGCCCGAAGAAGCCCCCGGUGCAAUCAUCGUUAAGCCUGGUAAAUUGGAACUUAAUGCUGGAAGAGAACGCAUUGCCUUGACUGUUACCAACACUGGAGAUCGCCCUAUUCAAAUCGGUUCACAUUAUCACUUCAUCGAAACAAAUCCCGCCUUGUUGUUUGAUCGCCUCAAAGCUUACGGAAAACGCCUUGACAUCGUUGCCGGUUCCGCGGUUCGUUUUGAACCAGGUGAUACUAAGACAGUUCAGCUUGUGGAUAUUGCUGGAAAUCAAGUCAUUUCUGGCGGUAACAACUUGGCUAGUGGUAAACUAGAUCUAUCAAAGAUCCCAUCUAUUCUGGAGAAAUUGACUGCGCACGGAUUCUCUCACCAAGAACUGGUUGUCCCUCUUGCUAUUCCCAAACCAUGCACCAUCGACCGACGAUUCUAUGCUGAUCACUUUGGACCUACUACUGGAGAUCUUGUUCGUCUAGGCAACACCAACUUGUGGGCUCGUGUCGAAAAGGAUUACACUGUUUACGGCGAUGAAUGCAAAUUCGGUGGAGGCAAAGUUCUCCGAGAAGGAAUGGGUCAAAAGACUGGUGUUUCCGACGCGGAUUCUCUCGAUUUGGUCAUUACCAAUGCCUUGGUUAUAGAUUAUACUGGUAUAUACAAGGCCGAUAUUGGUAUUCAGAGGGGUAUAAUCGUCGGUAUUGGUAAGGCUGGAAACCCCGACGUUAUGGAGGGUGUUAUGGACAAUAUGAUCAUUGGUGCCAAUACGGAAGUGCUGGCUGGUGAAGGCAAGAUAUUCACCGCUGGUGCCAUCGAUACUCACAUUCACUACAUCUGUCCCCAGUUAUGUUACGAGGCUCUCUCAAGUGGUAUCACCACUUUGAUUGGCGGUGGUACUGGUCCUAAUACCGGCACCAACGCCACGACCUGCACGCCUGGUGCCUACCAUGUGGAGAUGAUGUUACAAGCCACAGAUGAUAUUCCGCUUAACUUUGGCUUCACUGGAAAAGGCAACGUUUCAUCACCAAACGAAUUGAGAGAACAAAUCGAAUCCGGUUGCAUCGGUCUUAAGCUUCAUGAAGAUUGGGGUACUACACCUGCUGCGAUUGACACCUGCUUGACGGUUUGCGAUGAAAUGGAUGUACAGGCUACCAUUCACACAGACACUUUGAAUGAAUCUGGAUUUGUUGAGUCCACCAUUGGCGCAUUCAAAGGUAGAACUAUCCACACUUACCAUUCCGAAGGAGCAGGUGGUGGCCAUAGUCCUGAUUUGAUGGUUGUCUGCGGUGAAGAGAAUGUCCUACCCUCAUCUACCAACCCAACAAGACCGUUUACUACAAAUACACUUGAUGAACAUAUCGACAUGUUGAUGGUGUGCCAUCAUUUGUCCAAGACUAUACCUGAAGAUAUUGCAUUUGCUGAAAGCCGCAUUCGUGCGGAGACCAUUGCUGCCGAAGACAUCAUGCUUGAUAUUGGUGCUAUUAGUAUGAUUAGCUCAGACUCGCAGGCCAUGGGCCGCGUCGGCGAGGUUGUUCUGAGAACCUGGAAAACAGCACACAAGAUGAAGAUGCAACGUGGCAAACUUACAGAAGAUAAGGAAGAUGAAGGUGAUAAUUUCCGCAUCAAGCGAUAUGUUGCCAAAUACACCAUUAACCCCGCUAUUUCACAUGGCGUCAGUCAUUUGGUGGGAUCGAUUGAGGUUGGCAAGGUGGCAGAUUUGGUAGCGUUUGACCCUGCUUUCUUUGGAACAAAGCCCAGUCUUGUGCUAAAAGGCGGAAUUAUAGCGUGGGGUGAUAUGGGUGAUGCCAAUGGCUCUAUACCCACCACACAACCCGUUAUUGGUAGACCGAUGUUUGGCUCGUAUGCUUCCGCAUUAAACAAGUCAUGCAUGGUGUUUGUUUCCCAAGCUGCUAUCGAUGCCGGCCGAGUUGCAAAAUAUCGACUGAGAAAGAAGGUUGAAGCUGUCAAGAACUGUCGCGGAAUUAGCAAGAAGGACAUGAAGCUCAACGACACACUGCCUGCUAUAUCUGUUGACCCUGAAACUUACGACGUGACCUGUGAUGGUGUAUUGGCUACAUGUGAGCCAGUGAAUAAGUUACCACUAACGCAAUCGGUCUAUCUUUUCUAGUACUGGAGAUAUUCCAGUCACAUACUUAGUUUUUUCACCUGUUACCACUCUCCCCCGUAUUUUUUUUUUGGCUUCCAAGAUCUCAAUACCCAUAACGCGCGGGUUUUUAACUUUCUUGAUCAAAUUUUUUUUCCAAUAUACUUAUUUUGUUUACGUG